AGUAUGCUAAAAAGAAUGCGUUCUCAUUAUCAAUAUUUGGUCAUUGGAGGAGGUUCAGGAGGUGUUGCGUCGGCCAGAAGAGCUGCCAAAUAUGGAGCGUCCACCCUGCUUAUUGAAGCCAAGCAAAUGGGAGGUACCUGUGUCAACGUUGGGUGUGUUCCAAAGAAAGUCAUGUGGUACGCCUCCGACAUGGCUGCGAAGAUCAGACUUGCCAAGGACUACGGAUUUGAGAGCGUUGAUCCAUCGUUUGCGGACAGCUUCAAUUGGGCAAGUUUCAAGGCCAAAAGAGACGCCUACAUCAAGAGACUCAACGGAAUUUACGAGCGCAACUUGACCAAGGAAGGUGUGGACUACUUGUUUGGUUUUGCGAGAUUCACCGAUGACGGCAAGGUCGAAGUACUCCACAACGAAGACAAGUCACAGGUGUCGACUUUCACUGCCGAUCACAUCCUGAUUGCUACCGGAGGCACUCCUGUCUUUCCAAACCAUAUCCCAGGUUAUGAACUCGGCAUUUCUUCGGAUGGAUUUUUCGAGCUGGAAGCCCAACCAAAGAGAGUGGCUGUCGUGGGUGCCGGAUACAUCGGUGUGGAGCUUGCUGGAGUUUUCAAUGGUUUGGGCUCAGAAACUCACUUGAUCAUUAGAGGAGACACUGUCUUGCGUAAAUUUGACACAAUCAUCCAGAAUACGAUUACUGACCAUUACGUCAAGGAGGGAAUCAAUGUCCACAAGCAGUCGCAGGUGACCAAAAUUGAAAGACUAGAAGACGGUUCCAAGAAGGUGACCCUGAAUGAUGAGUCAAGCAUCGUUGUUGACGAGCUGAUCUGGACCAUUGGCAGAAAGUCGCUUAUCGAUUUGGAUGUGCACAAGAUUGGCCUCGAGCUCAAUGCCAAGGACCAGGUCAUUGUCAACGAGUACCAGGAAACCAACGUUAAGAACGUGUACUCACUGGGAGACGUUGUUGGCAAAGUUGAGCUGACUCCCGUGGCCAUCGCUACUGGCCGAAAGCUCUCGAACAGAUUGUUUGGACCAGAGGUGUUCAGAACUCAGAAGCAGGACUUUGACAAUGUGCCUUCUGUCAUUUUCUCCCAUCCUGAAGCUGGCUCGAUUGGUCUUAGCGAGAAGGAUGCCAUAGAGAAGUACGGAGAAGACGACAUCAAAGUCUACCAGUCCAAGUUCACAUCGAUGUUCUACGCCAUGUCUGAGCACAAAUCUCCAACCGCUUACAAACUUGUCUGUGUGAAGAGCCAGAACGAGAAGGUUGUUGGGUUGCAUAUUGUUGGAGACGCAUCGUCCGAGAUUCUCCAAGGGUUUGGGGUGGCCAUCAAGAUGGGAGCAACCAAGGCCAACUUCGACGACUGCGUGGCUAUUCACCCAACGUCCGCAGAGGAACUUGUUACCAUGGUUUAAUUAGAUGCUAGAGAGAUUUAUUCGGAAUAUUUAAUUUCUCGGUUUCAGUCUUUGGGCUCCAUUACCUGCUUCACCGGCUCGCUGUCGUUCACAUACAGCUUGUGUUCCUGGAUGUACCGGAUAACGGAGUUGGGCAACAAGUACUGGACGCUCAUAUUUCUCCUCAAAAACAGUCGCACCUUGGUAGAACUGAUAUCGUUGUAGAUCAGUUGCUUGAUCACCAAGAUAUUUUUGCGAUGUUCGUACAUGAUGUCGUGGCUGAGUAAGAAGGACCUCACAUCCGACCCGGUGCGCUCAACAAUGAGGCACCCGUAGUUACCAAGGAUAUGGUGCAGAUCCUGAUCUGCCCAAACGUUUGGUUCGCCCAUGGACUCAAUCAGGUCGCCACCGGCCAGCAGCAUAAUCUUGACGCCUGUUUUCUCUGUGCUGCUUUUAUAUUUGUACACCCCGCCCCUUUUAAUGUUGAUCUCCUCAUUGAAAUGAUCCAACACCAAGGCUGUUCGCGUGUAUUUGGGCUGCAGGGAUUCCCAGGCGUCGACCAUCAGCCACGAGGACGUGCGCUCACAGCCAAGUUCGCACAUACGCACGCGGUGAUGGGACGGUGCAAGUCCUGGUUUCUUGUAAUUGUCCGAAACCGGAGAAUAAUACCCUCCGAUAACCUCGAACCUGGUAUACUCUCUAACGGCAUCCAAAGCCAUUUCGAACAUUCGCAGAUGCAAGUACGUGAUCGGCGAAAACGAGCCGCACGCCACUAUCACCAAAGGAUACUUGUUUGGCUCAGAUAAUCGUGUUCUCAGACGAUGUGUGGGAAACUUGUACUCUUCAAGGCUCUUGGAUUGUCGCUGUAUACCAUGUGGAACUUCCUCGAGAUCGGCGAUCUGGAACGAGUGCACCCUGGGCAGGUUGGUGCCGGAGAAGGAGCCGGUGCGAGUUUCCUCCAGGGGCGGAUAAGCGCUGUGGUCCGGCGUGGCGGAAUCCUCCUCCUCCUCGCUGGAACUGAACGGCUGGAGUUCAGUUCUGGACUUGGGGAUUUUGUGCUUGAUGGAACUCGGAGAGCUGGAUCUAGUAACGGUCUCAAUUGAGAACUUGGCCUUGGAGUGGCUGUUGCUAACUGAGACCGGUGGUUCACUGGAAACACUUGUGUGAUCUAUAGGUUGGUCGAUUGGUUCCAAGUAGUCGGCAAGGACGUAUGGCUGUAUAGGCCGUCUGUUCGGAAUGAGAGUGGACGAAACUGUGGGCUCCACGGGCGGAUGCGUGGAGGGAGGCCUGAAAUUCGGGUCCU